AUGAACGUAUCAGCUUCUCAUUCGGUUGUGGAAGAUAUGGUCAGAAGCAUCCCCCAGAAGAUGGGACCCUCUGAAAUACAUGCUCUUGUCAAGAGAUGUAUCAACUGGAAUAAAGUGAUCCCCAACAGACCUGCCUUGGCCAAGAUUGUGGUGGAAGGUUCCAUAGCCUUCAUUUUUGCUCUUCUGAUUGGAAUCGUUGCAUGGUGCUUCCUUCAAUCAAAAGAGAGCAAAUUAAGGAAGCUGGGCCCACAACUCAAGCCCCAUGCUAAAAAAAAUUUCUUCUUGAGGCAAAUCCAGAAGGAGAAAGAGAGAGCCAAAAGGAAGUUGUUGAAAGAAAAAGGUGAGGAGGCAGCUGCUGCCAAAUUUGAUGAUGAAGAAGAAGAACCUGUUGUGAAAGAAAAGAAGAAGAAGAAAGGGAAAAAGCAUGCAAUCAAGAAAAAACUGGGUAAGCUUAAGAAAGUUGCAAAAUCAAAGGCCGUGCAAAAGCAGGUUGGUAGAAUCAAGAAAGCUGCAAAAUCAAAGGCCGUUCAGAAGCACAUUGGUAAGAUUAAGAAAGCCGCGAAAUCGAAGGCUGUUCAGAAACAAGUUGGGAAGAUUAAAAAAGCUGCAAAAUCAAAGGCUGUUCAGAAACACAUUGGCAAAAUUAAGAAAGCAGCAAAAUCGAAGGCCGUUCAGAAGCAGGUUGGUAAGAUUAAGAAGGUUGCGAAAUCGAAGGCGGUUCAAAAACAGGUUGAUAAGAUUAAGAAGGCAGCGAAACCUAAAGUCAUUAAAAAGCACGUUGGGAAGAUUGUGAAAGCUGUGAAAUCAGAGCCUGUCCCAAAGCUUGCAGGUAAAGGUAAGAAAGAAGAGAAAUCCAAGGCUGCGGAGAAGACCAAGAAGGCAUCCAAGAUGUUCAGAAAGAGGAGAAAUGUCUUUUUUCAAGCAGUUCUUCUCCUCAUGGUAGAGAACAUUGAGCUGCCCCCUAGUGAUGACAACAGUGAAUGCACAUCUAAUGUUGGUGUCUAA